AUGGGUCAGGCAGCCUCCAAGGCAGCACCAAGCAGCCUCCAAGGCAGCACCAAGCAGCCUCCAAGGCAGCACCAAGCAGCCUCCAAGUCAGCAGAAAGCAGCCUCCAAGUCAGCACCAAGCAGCCUCCAAGUCAGCACGAAGCAGCCUCCAAGUCAGGACCAAGCAGCCUCCAAGCAGCCUCCAAGUCAGCACCAAGCAGCCUCCAAGUCAGCACGAAGCAGCCUCCAAGUCAGGACCAAGCAGCCUCCAAGCAGCCUCCAAGUCAGCACCAAGCAGCCUCCAAGUCAGCACCAAGGCAACACCAAGUCAACACCAAGCAGCCUCCAAGUCAGGACCAAGUCAGCAUCAAGCAGCCUCCAAGCAGCCUCCAAGUCAGCACCAAGCAGCCUCCAAGCAGCCUCCAAGUCAGCACCAAGCAGCCUCCAAGUCAGCAGCAAGGAGCCUCCAAGUCAGCAGCAAGCAGCCUCCAAGUCAGCAGCAAGCAGCCUCCAAGUCAGCAGCAAGCAGCCUCCAAGUCAGCAGCAAGCAGCCUCCAAGUCAGCAGCAAGCAGCCUCCAAGUCAGCACCAAGCAGCCUCCAAGUCAGCAGCAAGCAGCCUCCAAGUCAGCACCAAGCAGCCUCCAAGUCAGCAGCAAGCAGCCUCCAAGUCAGCACCAAGCAGCCUCCAAGUCAGCAGCAAGGAGCCUCCAAGUCAGCAGCAAGCAGCCUCCAAGUCAGCACCAAGCAGCCUCCAAGGCAGCAGCAAGCAGCCUCCAAGGCAGCAGCAAGCAGCCUCCAAGGCAGCACCAAGCAGCCUCCAAGUCAGCAGCAAGCAGCCUCCAAGUCAGCACCAAGCAGCCUCCAAGGCAGCACCAAGCAGCCUCCAAGGCAGCAGCAAGCAGCCUCCAAGGCAGCACCAAGCAGCCUCCAAGUCAGCAGCAAGCAGCCUCCAAGUCACCACCAAGCAGCCUCCAAGGCAGCAGCAAGCAGCCUCCAAGGCAGCAGCAAGCAGCCUCCAAGUCAGCACCAAGCAGCCUCCAAGGCAGCAGCAAGCAGCCUCCAAGUCAGCACCAAGCAGCCUCCAAGGCAGCAGCAAGCAGCCUCCAAGUCAGCAGCAAGGAGCCUCCAAGUCAGCAGCAAGCAGCCUCCAAGUCAGCACCAAGCAGCCUCCAAGGCAGCAGCAAGCAGCCUCCAAGUCAGCAGCAAGCAGCCUCCAAGUCAGCACCAAGCAGCCUCCAAGGCAGCAGCAAGCAGCCUCCAAGGCAGCAGCAAGCAGCCUCCAAGUCAGCACCAAGCAGCCUCCAAGGCAGCAGCAAGCAGCCUCCAAGGCAGCACCAAGCAGCCUCCAAGGCAGCAGCAAGCAGCCUCCAAGUCAGCAGCAAGCAGCCUCCAAGUCAGCAGCAAGCAGCCUCCAAGGCAGCAGCAAGCAGCCUCCAAGGCAGCAGCAAGCAGCCUCCAAGUCAGCAGCAAGCAGCCUCCAAGGCAGCAGCAAGCAGCCUCCAAGUCAGCACCAAGCAGCCUCCAAGGCAGCAGCAAGCAGCCUCCAAGGCAGCAGCAAGCAGCCUCCAAGGCAGCAGCAAGCAGCCUCCAAGUCAGCAGCAAGCAGCCUCCAAGUCAGCAGCAAGCAGCCUCCAAGGCAGCAGCAAGCAGCCUCCAAGUCAGCAGCAAGCAGCCUCCAAGUCAGCAGCAAGCAGCCUCCAAGUCAGCAGCAAGCAGCCUCCAAGUCAGCAGCAAGCAGCCUCCAAGUCAGCAGCAAGCAGCCUCCAAGGCAGCACCAAGCAGCCUCCAAGGCAGCAGCAAGCAGCCUCCAAGUCAGCAGCAAGCAGCCUCCAAGUCAGCAGCAAGCAGCCUCCAAGUCAGCAGCAAGCAGCCUCCAAGUCAGCAGCAAGCAGCCUCCAAGUCAGCAGCAAGCAGCCUCCAAGGCAGCAGCAAGCAGCCUCCAAGUCAGCAGCAAGCAGCCUCCAAGUCAGCAGCAAGCAGCCUCCAAGUCAGCAGCAAGCAGCCUCCAAGGCAGCACCAAGCAGCCUCCAAGUCAGCAGCAAGCAGCCUCCAAGGCAGCAGCAAGCAGCCUCCAAGGCAGCAGCAAGCAGCCUCCAAGUCAGCAGCAAGCAGCCUCCAAGUCAGCAGCAAGCAGCCUCCAAGUCAGCAGCAAGCAGCCUCCAAGUCAGCAGCAAGCAGCCUCCAAGGCAGCACCAAGCAGCCUCCAAGUCAGCAGCAAGCAGCCUCCAAGUCAGCAGCAAGCAGCCUCCAAGGCAGCAGCAAGCAGCCUCCAAGGCAGCAGCAAGCAGCCUCCAAGGCAGCACCAAUCAAGGGAAUGGGCCAACUUUGAUUAG